AUGGUAAGAGAUAAAGGGUCUUCCACAAGACACUAUGUGUCUGGGAUCCUGUCAUUUUGUAUUUUCCUUUAUUAUUUUUUGUUCAUUUCUUUCUUUUUCUCUUCUGCUUUUGUCUCCUUCAAGUCUGCCAGCUCUGAGCUGCUCCAUACACCAACUCCUCCGCCUUUGCCUUUCACACGCCGCGCCUUGUCUCCAGAGGUGCAGGCGAUCACAUCUGAGUGGAUCGCCCUGACCGUGGGAGUGUCUCCUAGCACCACUCCUGCCAUAACUCCUCCAUUGCCUCUUCCACCUGAAGCCUCCCUCUCUCGCUCUGACUAUCUCACGCCUUCUGCUGCGGCCAGCCCUUCCCCCUCGGUCAGCCUCCACCAUACUCAUCUCUCUGGCUCCUCGACGCCCAGGUCCAUUAAAUCCCCAUUGCCCUCUUACCCAUCCAGGCCUCAGUCCUCCACUCGCAGUUUCUAUCAGGCAACUCCACAAAGUGAAGAAAAGUUUGUUGGCUCCCCUUCUCCCAGUAUGAGCUACUCUAACUCCCCUCACCGGGCAGCUGGGAGCCCCAAAAGCAUCCUCACAGAGCAGAGCAACACCAUGGGCAGCCAAGGCUGGCUCCAAAAGACUAGAGAGGGCAGCAGUAACCCUCAGCGGGCGUCUCACGCUGCUCCCAACAUCUCUGUGGAGGGCUGCCUGAAACCAUCCCAACUAGACAUGCGUGUCAGCCCAGAAAAGAGACCCGUGGGCUCCUCUGAGGACCACCAGUUGUGUCAGGAGCUAAUGGCUAUUGUGCAGGGAGGUAAAACAGAGAAAAGAGGCAAUGAGGCAAUGAGGAAAGGUGAUCUGAGAAAGUUUCAAAGCGGGGAAAAGAAGGUACUUUUCCUGCAUGUGUGUGUGCUACUCUGGGUCCCUGAUUUAACUGGUGUGUUGAGAUUUGUGCUGCUCAGCUGGCCAGGCAGAGCCAGUGGCUACCACAUACUCUUCUGAGACUCCAAAGCCCUUCUUCCAGGGAUCACCAGUGGCAGUCUCUGGAAAGCAGGUCAGAAAGCCUUAGAAGUGGGCUCAGGAGUAGUGCAGGGAGAAUUAUUUAGAAUAGAUAAUAACACAGGACUAACUUAGUUGGUCACAUCUAAUGAGGUAAUUGUCCCAGAAAAUGGCUAUAACCAGAUGUGAUCACAUGGGCCCCGUGCCUGUAUAUCUCACUGCCAGCUGUGUAGAAUACAAGCAAUUCCUUGCUAUUAAAAGAUUUUCCCGUGUGCAGUGGACCAUCUUUGGUGCUGGGCUCUAUUUAUUUCCCCUAAAGCCAAGGAUUGAAAGUCCUUGUAAAUGUCAGCCAGGUUCCCGGAAUCCCAAGUGCUGUCCUCUGUUGUGGCCGCGCAGAAUGGAAGAUCCUGGAGCCUGUGAUUUAGUAAACCUUAGUUGGGGAUUUGUAUUACUAAGUCAGGGAGGCUUGAUUGUCAUCUAUGCUUUGAGUAGAUUUUAUUAAUUUUGCAUUUCCAAAAUGGUGUGAAAGGGUCCAGGCCCAAAUGAAAAUUAGACUCAGAGUCAUUUUCCUCCAAGAGUGUUCGUUUAUAUGUAGCUGCAAGUUACAAUGAGAAGGAACUUAGGGGAACCCUUAAGUGGCUUCUGUAAUCUCUCUUCUGCUCCUCAUUUUGGUACAAGAGAUCUGCCUUACUUUGUAAAUGCAACCCUCAGUUGGCUUGGGGUCCCUUACAGGCCACAGCCAGCCAAAGUGCAUUAGAGCACUGCUACGUUACCUUGCAAAAGAGUGGGAGUUUGGAGACCUCUAAAUCACAGCAUUAUAAAUAACUUCCCAAAUGUAUUGUGAUAGCCUCCAUGACAUACCCGAUCUAGCCAAUGUUAAAUAAAGAGGGACUGUGCUUUCUAGGAUGAUACAUUUCACACUGGGAAAUCUUACGACAAAUUGUUUGAUUUCUGCUUCAUAAUCUGCAGUCAUAAUCAGGAGUGUAUCGAAAGCUGUAUAAAACUGUGCUGUUUCCUAUCUGGAUGCAUUUCUAGUUUUUACAGACAUAACCUGCAUGUUUAAAACAUAAUGAGGUGGUAAGCUCAGACAAGCCAACUAGAAAGCUGCAUCUGCCCUUGCAUGGAGUUAAGUUUGCUGUGUAUGCAUCAAAUUUAACUGGAUAGUAGAUGCUCUUAUCACUGACAGUGAUUGUGAUAAGAGAGUGUGUGCCAAGCUGACCAACUUUUCUUUUCUUCAAAAGACUGCAGACUCAAAAGCAUUCUCUUCAU